AUGAACACAGUGGAGUCCCCAAAUCUUCUGGCAUCUGAUCCUGCAGGAAUACGGGGUGUUGAAAGUGAAAAUCAGCAGGUCAACUUGCUGCCAGGCGAAGGUAAAGAAAGCGGGGAGGCCUCGGACGCAACUGCCAGAAUUGAAAACUUACACAUUGCCCAAAAGUCUGAGUCUCAUGCAGAGCUUCCCUCAUCCAAAAGCGCGGUGUAUAAGUAUGAUAAAAUAAACCCAACACCAAAACUUGAAUCAUUGGAAUCCUAUAAAGGUUUCUUCAAAUCUACUUGCUUCAAAGGCCCCACUGCAGAACAGGGAGCGGAUGAAUAUUGCAUAUUUAUAAACCCAACUAUCAACAAAGGGCAAGGAAUGGUUAUAGUUGCCCCACCAAAGGUUUUUGAAGGCAGUCUGAAACACGGUCUUUCCCUGCUUGACGACGAACCAAUCCCUGUCGCCAUGAAAGUUGUAGAAAUACCUGAAACUGGUGAUAAGAAAGUAGUUGCUGCUCGCAAUCUGGGGAUGGGUGAUUACGUCGAACGGGCGCGACCUGUUGGUAUCUUCUCAGAUAUGGAACCGAUCUGGAAAACUCCCCUGGGCUAUAGUAUUCGCCGACAGGCUAUUGAUCAUUUACCGCUACAAACUCGAGCGGCAGUUGCAAGUCUUCCCACUGAGGGUUAUUCUACAACCGAGGACCAUUUUAUUUCGGGUUUGAUUGAUCACAACACUGUUAUAACCAGGCUCUUAUAUGAAGGUCAAUCAUUCAAGUUUGUUUCCCUAUUUUUGAAUGCCCCUCUCAUACGUCAUUCCUGCCAACCCAAUGCGUUGGGUACCAUGAAUUACGAGGAACAGAGCUUUCACAUAAAGACUUUUGAGCCAAUCGCAGAAGGCGAAGAGAUCACCAUAGCUUACGAUUAUGCUGAUCCUGACCCGAAUAAUCAACAACGGAAGCUUCCUCAUCGCUUCGUUUGCACCUGCGAUAACUGCCGGUCAAGAAAUGAUCUUGGAGAGAAGCAUUACAAACAAGUCGAGCGUAUCUCUGAGCUCGUGGACCUCUCCAAAGAUUCAAAGAUUUCGGCUCAUGAAGCUGAGGAGCUUAUCGAACUUUGUAAGGAGAGAAAAUUCCCUUGGGGUGUCGUAAAUUCACACCAUAUUGCUGCUAAUUUGUAUGAUUUGCAAGGAAACACAGAAAAAGCAAGAGAGCACAUUGACAUAUUAAGAGGCUGGAGAAUGGUUUGGAAAGAAGGAGAGCUUUACAUUCUCAAGGAGCCAGAAUGA